UCUAAGUAACCAUUCAACAACGGGCUCUCGAAGCUAUAUUGUCUCAAGUCUCAACAACCCCGCACUCAUCAUCAAGGCUGCAGAAGUCCAAAUGCGACUCGGCCAUCGCAAGAUGAUGACCGGAGACUCUCAUCGCCCCGUCCAUCUCCGCAAGUUCCCAAUCUCGAGGCACUCAACCGUCCCUAUAUAUACACUCAUCAAAGCACCUCUCCACCGCUCAUACUCCUCGAGAUGGCACCAUCCACCUCCAUCUACGGCCCUGAUUGCAUAUACCACUCUCCCCGCCCUCCAGUCCACUUCCCCACUGAUCCCAACCUCUCCAUCCUCUCCUUCCUCUCCGCCGCCGUAUCUGGCCAUCCCCGCCGCAUCGCCCUCGCCGACUCUGACACCGGCGAAACACUCUCCUUCUCCGACCUCCUCUCUCUGAUCCCUCGCGCCGCGCUCGGCCUAUCCCGCCGCCUCGGCGUCACCCGCAACUCCGUCGUCCUCAUCUUCGCCCCCAACUCCAUCGAUUUCCCCGUCUGCUUCCUCGCCAUCACCGCCCUCGGCGCAAUCGCCACCACCGUCAAUCCCCUUUACACCAUCCCCGAGCUCUCCAAGCAAGCGCAGGAUUCCGGCGCCUCCGUCGUCAUCACCAUCCCAGAUCUCUGGCCCAAAGUCCGCAAUCUCAAUCUCCCAACCAUAUUCCUCUCACCCCCAAUUCCUUCCUUCGAUUCCGACUCAAUUCCCAUCACAUUCUUUUCCGAUCUCAUCGCUCACGAUGGAUCCGAGUUCAUCCCUCCACCCAUCCACCAAACCGACAUCGCCGCGCUCCUCUACUCCUCCGGCACCACCGGGGUCAGCAAGGGAGUGAUCUUGACCCAUCGAAACUUCAUCUGCACCGCGAUCGCCGCCACCGCCGAUCAAGAAGAGGGCGGCGGUGGCGAGACGCCGAACGUGUUCCUGUGUUUCGUGCCGUUGUUUCACAUCCUGGGAUUGUCGGUGAUCGCUUACGCGCAGUUGUGGAGGGGGAACAGCGUGGUGAUCAUGAGGAGGUACGAGAUGGAGAGGAUGCUGAGAUCGAUCGAGAGAUUCAAGGUGACGCAUCUCUACCUCGUGCCGCCGGUGAUGAUCGCGCUGGCGAAACAGGGGGAGAUCACGGAGUACGAUGUUUCGUCGUUGAGGAACUUGGCCGCAGGUGCGGCGCCGCUGGGGAAGGAUGUGAUGGAGGAGGUGGCGAAGGUGCUUCCUAAAGCGGAGAUUGUUCAGGGCUAUGGUUUAACAGAGUCCUGUGGAAUUGUCUCAUUGGGAUAUUCUUUUGGAAAAGCUCAGCAAUUUGGUUCUGCUGGAUAUCUUAUUCCUGGAGUUGAAGGUAAAGUUGUAUGUGUAGACACAUUGCAGCUUCUUCCACCAAAUCAAGUGGGAGAAUUAUGCUUUCGUGGACCAAAUAUUAUGCAAGGUUAUUUCAAGAAUUCACAAGCAACAAACUUGACCCUAGAUGAUGGGUGGUUGCACACCGGUGAUCUUGGAUAUUUUGAUGACAAUGGCCAAUUAUUUGUUGUUGAUCGAAUAAAGGAACUUAUCAAAUGCAAAGGAUUCCAGGUUGCCCCUGCAGAACUUGAAGGAUUGCUUCUUUCACACCCUGAGAUAUUAGAUGCUGUUGUCAUCCCAUUUCCGGAUGAUCAAGCUGGCGAGGUUCCUAUAGCUUAUGUUGUUUGCUCUGCUCAGUGUUUACUAACAGAAGAGGAUGUUCAGAAGUUUAUUUUUGAUCAGGUUGCACCAUACAAGAGGCUGAGGCGAGUGACUUUUGUGAAGAGCGUCCCGAAAUCAGCUUCUGGUAAAAUAUUAAGAAGAGAACUUAUUGCUGAAGUUAAGGCAAACUUGUACAAAAAUGUUAUCACUACUUAAAUUUUGCAGAUGACAUGAUAUGCCUCUUGUAUUUGUUACUUCGAAAUUAGAUUUUCUUCGCAAAUCAUAGAAAGUCAAAGGUACUGUAAAAUAUUUUUAAUGCAAACUAUUUAUCAUUUUAUGGUUGUUGUU